UCUGGAUUGUUUUUCGAAACUUCUCUUCAAUUUCCUCCCACCGAAUCCUCUUUCUCUCUCGCACCCCCUUCUUUUCUAUCCCCACUAGUUCUCUCUCACACAGUCAAGCAAAGAAACCGACCAACCUCCACCAUGGCCACCGAACUUCCCUACAUUCCCGGUCCGGAAAUCGACACGACCUUCGCGCACACGACCAAUCUAGCCUCGUCCGCGCUCAACUCACGCAUCCUCACCUGCUCAAACGAAUACUUCGCCGCAGCAUCGAACCUGCUCACGCCGACACCACCGAUCAACCGGCCAGGCGUGUUCAUCCACACGGGUGCCUGGUACGACGGGUGGGAGACGCGGCGGCACAACCCGGAGCCGUACGAUUGGGUGGUGAUCAAGCUGGGCACGGCGCGGGCUGCGAUCCAAGGCAUCGAGAUCGACACAGGGUUCUUCGUAGGCAACUACGGCGAGAAGGCCGAGGUGCAGGCGACGUACGCGCCUGCGCUCGCUGACGACGAGGUCGCCGACCCCAACUACCCCGGAUGGACCACCAUCCUGGCGCCGCAACCCUGCGGUCCGUCGCAGCGCCGCGCCUGGAAGCUCCCCAACUACGACCCCGCCAACCCCCAGCCCUACACCCAUGUGCGUCUACUCAUGUACCCCGACGGCGGGUUCGGGCGGUUGAGGCUGUACGGGCAUGCGAUCCCGCCCGCCCGCGAGGUGAUUGCCGCUGCAGGGGCGCAAGGGGUGGAGGAGGAGUUGUCGUCGGCGCUGUUGGGCGGGUUGGCUCUCGCGGCGUCUGAUCAGCAUUACACGCCCUGCUCGAAUCUGCUGCUACCGGGUCGCGGAAAGGAUAUGGGCGACGGGUGGGAGACGGCUCGCUCGCGCGCCCCAGGCCAUGUCGACUGGGCUAUCAUCAAGCUGGGGCUGCCGGGCUCCGUGGCCAGAGUGGUGGUUGAUACCAAGGACUUCCGUGGGAACUUCCCGCGCGCUAUCCGGGUGCAUGGUUUGGUCCAGGGCGAGGAGGCGAAGGGUCAGGUCGCCGUGCCCGCCCAUGACCACCCCGGUUGGGUCGAGAUUGUUAAGCGCGAUCGCCGCUGCCAGGCUGAUACCGAGCAUGUCUUCCAGGGCGAGGAUCUGGCUGCUGGGGUUGACGCGCAGGCGUUCACCCAUGUCAAGCUUACGCUCGUGCCGGACGGCGGGGUGAAGCGUUUCCGCAUCUUUGGAAGACGGGCCUGAUUUUUGUGAGUGGCGUGUUGUCUUUUCUAGUAUAUACUUCUUUAGCACGACAGAUGCAGUAAUGAAAGAUACGAU